AUGUAUGGGACUGCUCUUUUGGCGGAGUAUGCAUAUGUGCUGGCUCCAGGAGGCACACUGUACAGCAUCACGGACGUGGAGGAGCUGGGUGUGUGGAUGGACGACCACCUCGCUGCACACCCGCUCUUCCGCAAGCUCACUGCCGCCCAGAUGGAGGCGGACCCGGUCAUUCCGCUGCUCUCCACAUCGUCAGAAGAGGGCCUCAAGGUCAGCUGUGUGCCAGUUGGCCUCACAUCAUGCAGAGGUCAGGAUAGAGCAGUCGAUGCAUUGACUGCAACGAAUGCAGUCAAUACAUGCCUCCUUUCCUUCGUGCGGUCAUGUCUGCAAUUUGCUAUGCAUCAUGCUAAAACGACGUAG